AAAAAAUUAUGCCCGAGGGGCAAAGCUCCAGUCACGUGAUCCGCGACUCAGGGAGUGACGGAACUUUUCGUUCUUGCACUUUCCCUAAUUUCUUCCCCCAUCAGCUCGAGACCCACUGCAGAACCCUAAAGAUUUGAAAUCCCCUUCCGAUUACUGAAUAAUUUCUAUGUCCUCAGAGAGUUCUUUAAGAAACUCGAAUGGAGUUCAAUAAUCGAGCAACUGGUAGAAAAGUCUCAAAUCAAACUACGGGUUACAAUUAUUUUCCAGAACAAGCCCUUCGAGGGCGGUUCCAUCAUGAGUACUUUCCAGACCACCCUCACCCUCACGCUCAUCCUCACCCUCACCCUCACCCUCAGUCGCUCCAUCAUCAUUUGCUUCAGCCUCAUGACUUGCAUGAAGCAAUUCAGAGAGAGAUUGAAAAACAACGUAUUAGAGAGGAGAUAAUAAUAUCAGAAUUUGAAAGGAGGCGUGUUUUGGAAGCUGAGGUGAGGAGGGAGCUCAUGAUGGAGAGAGAAUUGGCUCUGCAAAGAGGCGAGGAUGGGUUUCCAUUUGGCCCAUCAUUGGGAGCUGGGUAUGACUCAACAAUUAGGCUUCCACUGUUGGGGAUGAGAAGUGAGGGAAGGUUCCUAGAGGAGACUCAGGAGAGGGUUGCAAUGCCACACAAGGAGGAGAGGCAGAAUGCAAGGCAUGAGAAUGGAAAGCUUGAUAUCCUGCCAUUUCAAAGAUGUACUACUGAACCGAGAAUUUCAGAAGUUAAGCCUGUCUCAGAGAGGGGGAAAGAGAAAGAGAAAGAGAAAGUAGUUUUGCUGACCAAACCCCAUGAAUAUAUACCUGGAAAGAAGAGAAAGGCUGCAAUGUCAUCUGUAGUGGCUGAUGGUGAGCAUCAGCCGGCUGCUGUCUCAAGGAAGAAAGCUAAAGAAGAGUUGAGUUGUGCUCUCUGUCAGGUUAGUGCCACCAGCGAGCAAGCCCUAAAGGACCACGUGCAGGGAAAGAAACACAAGUCCAAAGAGGCUGCAUUGAGAGCUCAGAGGGCUGGCAAAAACUAUACAAUUGGUUUUUUCCCAAAGAAACCUGCCUUGCAAGUAACGGUUGUGGGAACUAAAACUCUAGGUUCUGAGGAGGGAGUGAAAUCUGCAACUCAAUCUUUGCAUCUCAAUAAGAUGGGGGAGAAGAGCUUAAAGAAAAAUAAUAUGCCAUUAUUAAAGGAAAACCGAAAACUGGACAACUUAAAGAAUAACCAAUCAAAAGUUCAAGAAAUGCGGAAGGAUGGAAAUGGUAAGAAACAAAUAUAUAGAUUUUGGUGUGAGAUGUGCCAGGUAGGAGCCUUUUCUCGUAAAGUCAUGAAUGCUCAUAAGAAUGGGAAGAAACAUGUGAAACGGCUCCAGGAAUAUAAUCAAAAUGGAGCUGCCCCAUCCAGCCUGAAGGAGAAGGCUAUAGUACGAGCUAAUGAUGGAGAAAGUGCUACUGGUGACGGGAAGAACACAACAGAGGAAAGUGCCAGUGAGGCUGAGGAUGCGGUGAGCUCAGAGGAUCACAAGAUCGUUGAUGCAGCGAAUGGAGAGGAUCACAAUGCCAUGGAAACGGCCAAGCCAGAAGGUAAUUGGCCCAUGGUUGCAGCCAAGGCAGAUGAUAACAAGAACAAUGAUGCUGUCAAGCAAGAAUAUAAUGAGGCCAUUGAUGCAUCGAAGACAGAACAUAAGGAGGACAAUGAUCCAGUUGAGCCAGAAUAUACUGAAGUCAUGAAUGCACCCAAGCUAGAUGGUAACGAGGCCAAUGAUGCUGUCCAGAUGGAAUAUAACAAGGCCAUGGAUGCAACCAAGCCAGUUGAUAAUGAGGUCAAUGUUGUAGUCGAGCUGGAAUUCAGUGAAGCCAUGAUUGCAACCAAGCCAGAUGAUAAUGAAGCCAAUGAUGCAGUCAAGCCAGAAUUUAUCGAGGCCAUGGAUGCAGACAAGCUGGAUGUUAAUGAGGCCGACAGUGAAGUUGAGCCAUAAGAUGAUGAACUAAUUUGAUAAGUUAAGCCAUUAGACCACAUGUUUAAAACUAAAGUGAAUGCCAACGGAUAGAAGACUAAUUUUACUUGAUUCUAUCUUCUCCAAAUUUGAGUGGUCUAUUUUCCGAUAGUGUUUGUAGAUUUUCCGGACUCUGAAGAUUAAUUCCUACUAGACAUUUCGGGAAUAACUAUUCCUGUUGAAAUGAUGUAAUCAUGUUGUCAAUUGUGGGAAUAGUUAUUUUUCUCCAUUUUGGUUUU